AUGACGAGCAACACCAACUGUUCAGGAUCUUGCUUUCCCUCAAAAAAAAGUUCUAAAACAGAUGGCAACUACCUGAAGGAAUUGAAUGAGGACAUAAAGUUAAGGAAGCAGGAACUACUAGAAAUGCUAAGACCUCUUGAUGAUAAGAACGGUCUCUUAUUUCAGAAGUUAAUGUCUAACUUGGAGGAAAAACAAAGAAGUCUGCAGAUCAUGAGGCAGAUCAUGGCCGGGAAGGGGGGUGAUGAAACCUCCGUCAUGGAGCUCAUUAAGGAAGCAGAGGAGAUGAAACAGAACUUGGAAAGGAAAAAUAGGAUGCUCCGGAAGGAAAUGGAGACGCUUUGGAACAAGACAUUUGAGAAUGACCAGCUCCAUGAUCAACAAAAAGUACCACCUAUAAAACCCAAGGCAGACUUGCAGGAUGGAAAGGCUCCCAAACCCACAUCAUCACUUAGGAAGACCAAGAAGGAACUGGAAACAGCAGGCAGGGAGAGUGAAGGAGACAAGGAAGGGGAAAAGCAACAGAGGGAAAUGGAGUGGGUCAAAUAUCAGGAUCAAGCCAACCUUCUUCAGAAUGACUUUCAUGGAAAAAUUAUUGAGCUGAGAAUUGAAGCCUUGAGGAACUACCAGAAGGCCAAUGACUUGAAGUUAUCACUGUAUUUACAGCACAAUUUUGAACCAAAGCAAGCAGUUUUAAAUCUUCCACAGUCUCAAGGUAAAACGGGCACUACAACUAUGGGGAGAGGAACAGCCAACAGAAAUGAGCCCAAUGUGAAAAUUCUGGGAUCAAAGACCCAUACAGAACAACACAGAGCUGGAGAGAGUCAAUAUGAUGACAUGGGAGGCAGGCUCUUUUUUCUGAGGUCACUGCCUGAUGAAGAUCUGAAGGAUUAG